GGUAAAGAAUUUCCUAACAGAUUUGUAUCCGCAAAUGUCAGCUGGCCAAGAUGGUUUUGACGCUCGAUUCAACAUGGCAAUUGUCCGACCAAAAGCUUUGACCCGCAAGGAAAGUUCCAUUUUCGAGGAAGUGCUGACUAGAUCAAAUCUCCAAGACCUUAACGAUCUUUUCAACACCAUCUACCGAGACCACAACGGAGAAGACGUUGAAGUCAUCUACUGCUUGGACGAGGAAGCUCUGGCAGAAUUUGAUGAAUUUGACGAGAAAAUUUGUUCGAGGCUUAAUUCAAGUUGGCAGACGGGAAAUUUGAUGACACGAGCGACCAAAGAACGACGCCAUGUUAUUCGCUGGUCAGUAAUUUUAUACGUUCUUUAUCAAUACACAAGGAGAGCCAUUUUCAAGGCGUACGGCCCAAUAUCUAAGAGGAUUCCCAAACGAUAUGUGAAGUAUGCUAUCAAGUUGAACGAGUACUUCCAAAAGCAGAAGGAAAUUAUAGAAAAGGUUUGUAGCAUGUUUCAAAUUGUUCUCUAAUAAAAAAACACAAAACUCCGACAAGACUAAAAUUCUAAUUCGUCCGGUACCGCGUGUAAACGGAAUCCAAACUGCAUGCAUUCAUAAAAUUAAAAUGUACAUUGGCUUGUUUUAUCACGAAACAAUGUUCAACCUUAGAAAAUAGCUCGUCAUUUUAAAUCUUUAAAAUUAAAAAUAUAGAACAUUUCGAUUUGGUUAAAUAUAUCAUAAUGUUUUGGUAAGGAAAAACUAUACAGAACGUUCAUAUUCUGUAUAGUAUAGAGAAUGAUUGACUAUAUAGUUAGUUUUCUAACACACUUUAAUAUCUACUUCUUAUAUCUUUCAGCAUUUUAACGGCAACAUGGAAGGCACAGGGAAGAAAAUUGCGAAAAGAGUUCUCGAUUAUGAUGGGCCACUUGUGGUCAUAAAUUUACUCCGUGAAAAAUUCAGCUCUUCGACAAGACCAACACCCGCCGAGGUUCGUGAGAGCAUGGAAUUGCUAGAAGCGGAUUGUUUAGGGCAUGUUGUAAAGAGUGGGGCAACGGUAGCGUUCCUGAAAGAAGUACCUUCCAAAGUCGAGGAAACUUCGAUCACCAAACAUGGUGUUUCAAAGGACGAUUAUAGAAAAUCUUUUUUUAAAAUUAAUAUGGACAUCUCAAAUAAACUCCGAGAUAGGAUAAAGGCAAACAAUGAAUUUGCUUGUGCAAUUUUAAACGCAACAGAAGACGAUGACUCAGAGCAGUCAGAUGACAAUUGAUAUAUUAUUGUACAGACAUAGAAACGAUAUAUAUAUAUAUAUAUAUAUAUAUAUAUAUAUAUAUAUAUAUAUAUAUAUAUAUAUAUAUAUAUAUAUAUAUAUAUAUAUAUAUAUAUAUAUAUAUAUAUAUAUAUAUACAUAUACAUAUCACAGGUUUUGUAACGUAUAGUGAAGAGAGUGCUCAAUACAUAAAAUUUUGUAGAGCGAAUGUAAUUACUAUUCUUACUUAAAAUGUUUUUUGUCUCUACUCCGAGUUUCACGCAUCACUGCGAUCAUCAGGAGACAUUGUUCUCAAAUACCGUUUGAUUUUCGUUGUUUGAUGGCGUGACUGCGCGCGCGCGCGAGGAUUGUUGAUGUUGCUUACACGCGCGCAGACUACAUUUCCCGCUAAAAAUUGUUUCUGGUGCACGCACUUCGAGAAGAUUUCCGAUCUUUUGUUGAGUAGAUUCUGGUCGCGAGAUUUUAAAAUCAGCAGCUUCUCUUGCAAGCAUAGGUUGCAUCUUGGUCCUCCGCUUGCGUAUGGGACAGCCUUCUUCAGAAUGGACCAAGUGGUGUUGUGAGGUCUUCCGCUUCUCUUCAAUUUCCAAAUAUGCUUCGAUAGCUCCGUUUCGUUCGCAUAUCUCUGAAGCUGGAAUGAUUUUUUAUGGUUUCUGUACCUGUCUUUGAAUUCCCCAGCUGUUACCCCAAUAUACCGCUUCGUUUCACCGUUGUCGUGACUCUUUACUUCGGCUUGGUACACGAUAGCCUGGGUCAGACAUUUCUUCUGGAGGGGGCAUUCAUCUUUCUUGCGGCAGUUACAGUUAAUUUCUUCUGUUGCCGUGGGUUCGGUCGAUCUAAUUCUCGUGUUGUGGUUAGAAAUGGUUGUCUUGACAUUCUUCAUGCAGCUGUAACUAAUUUUGAUUGAAUUGCCGUUAAAGAUCUUAUGUAGACGACUUGAUUUAGGGAAAUGUUUGUCGAUAAGUUGAAGAAAGGUUUUACCAAUGUUUGUUACUACGUUUUUGCUGUAAGGUGGGUUAAACCAUAGUAUGUUUCUGUGUCUUUUGCGUUUGGGUUGGCUGGACGUACAACUCUCAGUGUUGGGGCCGUCAAUAUUACUUGAAGGCGUGGCAUUGUUUUGUAAAUUAAAAUCAUAAUUACUACGACGUAAUGCAUUCUCGUAGGUUGAUGCUGAUGAAUUGAAGGUUUGCUGAUCAGAGGAUAAAUUUGAUAUACGGUGAUUUAUUGAUUUAGGUAGUUGUUUAAUUAUGGCUGGUGGGUGGUUCGAUAAGAAAGGUACAGAAACCAUAAAAAAUCAUUCCAGCUUCAGAGAUAUGCGAACGAAACGGAGCUAUCGAAGCAUAUUUGGAAAUUGAAGAGAAGCGGAAGACCUCACAACACCACUUGGUCCAUUCUGAAGAAGGCUGUCCCAUACGCAAGCGGAGGACCAAGAUGCAACCUAUGCUUGCAAGAGAAGCUGCUGAUUUUAAAAUCUCGCGACCAGAAUCUACUCAACAAAAGAUCGGAAAUCUUCUCGAAGUGCGUGCACCAGAAACAAUUUUUAGCGGGAAAUGUAGUCUGCGCGCGUGUAAGCAACAUCAACAAUCCUCGCGCGCGCGCGCAGUCACGCCAUCAAACAACGAAAAUCAAACGGUAUUUGAGAACAAUGUCUCCUGAUGAUCGCAGUGAUGCGUGAAACUCGGAGUAGAGACAAAAAAACAUUUUAAGUAAGAAUAGUAAUUAUAUAUAUAUAUAUAUAUAUAUAUAUAUAUAUAUAUAUAUAUAUAUAUAUAUAUAUAUAUAUAUAUAUAUAUACAUAUAUAUAUAUAUAUAUAUAUAUACAUAUAUAUAUAUAUAUAUACAUAUAUAUAUAUAUGUUUCAAUAUAAAUAACUCACAAAAUAAACUUUUAAUAUUUCAACAUUUAUUCUACUAUUCCAACGUAUCAAUUCCCACUUCAUCAAGGAUGGACAUUAGGCCAUUGUCGGGCGUUGACUUUGAUAUUCAUCCUUGAUGAAGGGGCAUGCCCCGAAACGUUGGAAUGGUAGAAUAAAUGUUGAAAUAUUAAAAGUUUAGUGUGUGAUUUAUUUAUAUAGCCUAUAUAUAUUAGUUUAAUUGAUGAGUGCCAUAAAUAUAUAUAUAUAUAUAUAUAUAUAUAUAUAUAUAUAUAUAUAUAUAUAUAUUUAGUUUAAUUGGCGGAUAUAGUUUCAAAAUUACUGUUACGUUGCCUUAAUCAUAGUUACUGUUGCUUUAAUGCGACACUAAAUCAGUAGCUAAAUGACAAUUAGAACACUUGGUGAUCAAAAGACAGGAUAAUAUUAGAUAUGUAGAGUUAAUUAUUUUGUAUAUAAGUUAUGUUAUGUAUGUAAAUAUAUUUCAAAUUAGAAGUGUUGCAUUUUUAUAGCAUGGCUUCCUUGCGAAACGACUAAUAUUAAGAAAGGCAGAAUAUUCAUGAGCAUGGUAUGUCAACAACUGGCGCGCAUAUUUCCCGCCAAAAAUUAAUUUACGCAGUUUAUGCUAGCCUGCAUAGUGCAUGCGCGCAGUCUUAUGACUUCAAAACGAUGUCGAUAUCAUGAGACUGCGCGCUGGCUAAGUUUAACAGUAUGCUACCAAUUUCAGCAACAACUCUUGUUUUUAAUAACCCACUGAAAUGAUACACAAACGCGGUCGUACAAAUCUUUACAUGUCACAUUAUAUUGAACGUUGCAUAUAGUUUUACCAGUGGAUGUAUAAAUCCAUAUGACCGUGAUAUGAUUUAUGUUUUAAAACACUACAAAGGUCAAAGGCAAGAUGUAUGUGGAAGUAUAUAAAUGUCAACUUUCAUUAAUAACCUUAUUGAGUGACACGGUAAAUUAAAGUGCGGGUCCGUCCAUCCACAUGCAUGAAGGAUUUAAUUAAGAGUGAAUACAAACGCGAAACAUUCGCGGUUAUAGUCGUUACGCGCAUAAUACUAUAUAGCACAUUAAAAUAUUAAUUUAACAUGCUUAAUAGCUUUACACAAACUGACUGAAAAUUAAAUGAAUAUAUUUUCGUGAAGUUGAACUAUUCGAAAUAUUUCAUUAUUGUUAUGUUACUGUCUUACUGAUGUUUGAUUAAAUGCGUGACACUUCAAGUGCCACAUUACCGGCUCGUUGUUAUCGCAGUUCUGCUUCAGGGCAGGUAUUUUGAAUUUCGACUCUCUGGUUUAGAAAUAUCAAAGUAUUAUAACAAUAUUUCCUCAACAAAUAUGAGCAAUAGACAAAGACAAUAACAUGUUAUGUAAGAUGGUGUGAUCAUAUAUACAGUAAUAAAUCUUUCAUAUGCAAGACAGACUGACAAAGGUCGCAUAACAAACCAGAUUGAACGCAAGAGCAUGUAUAGUCUAGUAGUAGAAUUGCAAUUUUAACUUAAUCGUAAAUCGCAAUAUAUUUCAGCAUUUUCUUUUGCGUCAAAGUAAUUUCUGUUUUAAUUCUCUGAAACAAAGCAGUACGUUUAGUUAAGUUCAGUAUACGAUAUGGUUUGAAAGAAAAGCAGCGAAUUCCUUUACUUGCCACUGGCAAAACUGGCGCUCUGGCAAAACUGGCGCUCUGGCAAAACUGGCGCUCUGGCAAAACUGGCGCUCUGGCAAAACUGGCAAACUGGCGCUCUGGCAAAACUGGCAAACUGGCGCUCUGGCAAAACUGACUAGCACUUUAGUAAACUGGCGCUCUGGCGAAACUGGCGCUCUGGCAAAACUUGCGCUCUGGCAAAACUGGCGCUCUGGCAAAACUGGCGCUCUGGCAAACUGGCGAAACUGGCACUCUGGCGAAACUGGCACUCUGGCAAAACUGGCACUCUGGCAAACUGGCGCUCUGGCGAAACUGGCACUCUGGCGAAACUGGCACUCUGGCGAAACUGGCGCUCUGGCAAAACUAGGGCUCUGGCAAAACUGGCGCUCUGGCAAAACUGGCAAACUGGCGCUCUGGCAAAACUGACUAGCACUUUAGUAAACUGGCGCUCUGGCGAAACUGGCGCUCUGGCAAAACUUGCGCUCUGGCAAAACUGGCGCUCUGGCAAAACUGACACUCUGGCAAAACUAGCACUCUGGCAAACUGGCGCUCUGUCGAAACUGGCACUCUGGCAAAACUGCCGCUCUGGCAAAACUGGCAAACUGGCGCUCUGGCAAAACUGGCGCUCUGGCAAAACUGGCGCUCUGGCAAAACUGGCAAACUGGCGCUCUGGCAAAACUGCCGGCGCUCUGGCAAAACUGGCGCUCUGGCAAACUGGUGCUCUGGCGAAACUGGCACUCUGGCGAAACUGGCACUCUGGCGAAACUGGCACUCUGGCAAAACUGGCACUCUGGCAAACUGGCGCUCUGGCGAAACUGGCACUCUGGCGAAACUGCCACUCUGGCAAAACUGGCGCUCUGGCAAAACUGGCGCUCUGGCAAAACUGGCGCUCUGGCAAAACUGGCAAACUGGCGCUCUGGCAAAACUGCCGGCGCUCUGGCAAACUGGCGCUAUGGCAGAUGGAUAAAAAGCCAAAAACGUACAUCAUUUUGGCGUAUGGCGUUCAGAGUCGUUAUAGAUCGAUGACGUAA